UAAAUUUCGGCGCGUUCCAUAACAGUUUAAUGCGCCCUGCUACUUCAACUUAGGGCCUACUUUUUAGACAUGGCGACAUCCAUUUCUUUAAAACCAGAGCUCGCUACAAUGAAAAGGAAGAAAAGAAAGCGUCGAGUUCCUGAAUUUAUGAGAAGAGUUUAUGGCGACAAGUAUGUCAAUACCCUAGGAAACGUCAUAUUAUCCAUGCUUCCACUUCAAAAUGGCGGAACCCUAGGGGCUCACACAGGUUGCAGGUGCAAAGGGCGUGGGUGCUUAGGUUGCAGCGGUGAUCCCAUGGCCUUUAUCCUCAGAGAUGGGGACCCCCCGGACUAUCGUGCCCUAAUUUCACGCUCAUUUGCUGUUCUUCAUUUGCUUCCAGACCUAUCUUUACCAUUUAGUCCUCAUGUCAGGUGGACUCAGGAGCAAAUUGUGAGGAGGGUGAUAGACAUGGAAAGUUGCAUUCCAUACAGGCAUGCUUGUUCUCCAAUUUCUCGUACUUGUCGUGGUAGCUCUGGCAUAGUAUCAUGGAUCAGCUCUAGCCCCAUGAUAGAUGUUUUCUGUUCUUCAGCCUGGAGUCUUCUCCUAACUAGGAUUGGGGAUGAAUUCAUGUUUCAUCUACUGAGACACACAUCUAUAUUUUCCCCUCUUAACAAUGGGAAUUACAUUCAGAUUGCAGGCGCUCCCUUUACUGAUUUUAUUAGAAGGUUCAUUCGUGUCUUUUAUAUUUACAUGGAAAUUUCUUGACCUUGAAUUCCAUACCAUGCAUAGCCACUUUGUUGAGCAAAUUAUGAGGUCAUCUCCUCCUUGUGGUAUAUUAAAAUAUACCAUAAAGGUGUCAUUUAUGAUGUAGGCAAAGUAUACCUUUCCCUGUGAUUUGGUACUGAAUGCUUCCUAUUUUCCUUUUGCUUAGGCGAUGAUGCAAAAAUGGUAACAAAAAAAAUCCACAUGAUUUGUAAUGAAUAAAAAUCUAAAUGAGUGGCGGUGGAGAAAAUUUUGGGAGGUGAAAAUGGGUCCUCUGAGUUGAAGCUGAACAACAAAAGAAGAAAAAAAUCUCACUUAAAAUGCAAUCCUAGCACUGCUUUUGUUGUCGUGGAACCAGGGUAGGUCUAUGAAGAGCAGGUUUAUGAGGAUCAUUGUCGUUUCAUAUCAGAGGUUUCAUGUUGGAAAAUUUUAUUGGGAGUGGAUCCUAUGGGUGGGUGAAGCAUGAGAUUUACAGAAUUCUCCAUCGAAUUGAAAUCAAACAGCAAUUGGGUGAGCUCAAGCAUUAAUGAUUUUGCCAUGUUGGACAUUGUUUUAUGUAUGUAUUACCACUUACCAGCGUCCAAAACAUUUACUUUAUAAGCAAACACGAUGACUUGAAGUUAUGCAGAGCAAGAAAGCAUGUAUAGCAUAGUAUAAUAGUAUCAUCAUCUAUCAUGGAGACAUGCAAUGGAGGUUUUUACACACCUCCUCUUAAAGUCUAUUGUUUUCCAUCAAAAGGAGUGUGCGUAUUAUCUCAACCACAUUUAUCUUGUA